AAUGAAUACUGGACUGGAAAAAUUGAAAGAGGCCUCUGAGUCAGUGGCUGCUCUAAGCAGAGAGCUGGAAGUAAAAGAAAAAGAACUUCAAAUUGCCAAUGAAAAAGCUGACAUGGUAUUGAAAGAAGUUACUGUAAAAGCACAGGCUGCUGAGAAGGUGAAGGGUGAAGUUCAGAAAGUGAAAGACAAAGCUCAAGCUAUUGUAGACAGUAUCUCAAUUGACAAAGCCAUUGCUGAAGAGAAGUUGGAAACUGCUAAGCCUGCUUUGGAAGAGGCAGAAGCAGCCUUACAGACAAUAAAGCCUGCAGAUAUUGCCACUGUCCGCACACUGGGUCGACCUCCUCACCUCAUUAUGCGUAUCAUGGACUGUGUAUUACUGCUCUUCCAGCGAAAAGUGAACAAUGUGAAAAUUGAUCAGGAAAAAUGCUGUACCAUCCCAUCAUGGCAAGAAUCUUUGAAACUGAUGACAGCAGGGAACUUCUUACAGAACCUACAGCAAUUUCCAAAGGACACAAUUAAUGAAGAAGUGGUAGAACUUUUGAACCCUUAUUUUGAAAUGGUGGACUACAACAUUGAGACAGCUAAGAGAGUAUGUGGGAAUGUUGCUGGCCUUUGCUCAUGGACCAAAGCUAUGGCUGUAUUUUUUUCCACCAACAAAGAAGUAUUACCUUUAAAGGCGAAUUUAGCAAUCCAGGAGAAUCGCCUAACCACUGCUAUGCUGGAUCUGCAGAAAGCUCAAGAAGAGCUGGGUGCCAAGCAAGAAGAAUUAGAUAUCGUGCAGGCAGAGUAUGAAAAAGCGAUGAGAGAAAAACAGACUUUGCUUGAAGAUGCUGAGCGUUGCCGUCAUAAAAUGCAAACUGCCUCAAGUCUUAUAGGUGGUUUAGCAGGUGAAAAAGAGAGGUGGACAGAGCAGAGUAAAGAAUUUGCCGUGCAAACCAAGAGGCUAGUGGGUGAUGUACUCUUGGCUACAGCUUUUCUGUCCUAUUCUGGUCCUUUUAACCAAGAGUUCCGCAGUCUGCUAUUAAAUGACUGGCAAAAGGAAAUGAAAAGCCGGAAAAUCCCGUUUGGUAACAACUUGAACCUCAUAGAAAUGUUGACUGAUGCUCCAACUAUCAGUGAAUGGAACCUGCAAGGAUUACCAAAUGAUGACUUAUCCAUACAGAAUGGAAUCAUUGUCACUAAAGCAUCUCGUUAUCCUUUAUUAAUCGAUCCACAGGCACAGGGUAAAAUUUGGAUUAAAAAUAAGGAAGGCAGAAAUGAACUUCAGAUCACUUCUUUGAAUCACAAGUAUUUUAGAAAUCACUUAGAAGACAGCCUUUCUUUGGGAAGACCUCUUUUGAUAGAAGACGUUGGAGAAGAGCUUGACCCAGCACUUGAUAAUAUUUUGGAAAGAAAUUUCAUUAAAACAGGUUCAGCCAACAAGGUGAAGGUUGGUGAUAAGGAAGUAGAUGUUAUGAAUGGCUUCAGACUUUACAUUACUACAAAACUGCCAAAUCCAGGUUACUCUCCUGAAAUUAGUGCUCGAACCUCCAUCAUUGACUUUACUGUGACCAUGAAAGGUCUUGAAAAUCAACUCUUAGGCAGAGUCAUUCUCACAGAGAAACAGGAAUUAGAGAAAGAAAGAACAGAUCUUAUUGAAGAUGUGACUAUGAACAAAAGGAGGAUUAAAGACCUAGAAGAUAACCUUUUGUUCCGACUCACAAGCACCAAGGGUUCUCUGGCAGAUGAUGAGAGUCUAAUAAUUGUAUUGAGUAACACUAAGAAGACUUCUGAGGAGGUAACACAGAAACUGCAAACUUCUGCUGAAACUGAAGUACAGAUCAACUCAGCCCGUGAAGAGUACAGACCUGUUGCAACUCGAGGUAGCAUCUUAUACUUCCUUAUUACUGAGAUGAGCAUGGUCAAUGUGAUGUAUCAGACUUCGCUUUGGCAGUUUUUGGGGCUUUUUGACCGCUCCCUAGCCAGGUCUACCAAGAGCCCUAUAACUAGCAAGAGGAUUACUAAUAUUAUUGAACAUAUGACAUAUGAAGUGUUUAAAUAUGCUGCCCGAGGAUUCUAUGAGGAGCACAAAUUUCUUUUCACGUUAUUACUUACACUGAAGAUUGAUAUACAAAGAAACAGAGUGAAGCAUGAAGAAUUUCUGACGCUUAUUAAAGGUGGUGCUUCCCUAGACCUUAAAGCUUGUCCUCCUAAGCCGGCUAAAUGGAUUCUAGAUAUGACUUGGCUGAACUUGGUGGAGCUCAGUAAGCUUAAACAAUUUGCAGAUAUUCUUGAUCAAAUUUCCAAAGCAGAGAAACAGUGGAAAAUCUGGUUUGAUAGUGAGAAUCCUGAAGAAGAACUGGUUCCUAGUGGCUACGGUCAAUCACUGGACUGCUUCAGACAUCUUCUUCUUAUCAGAUCUUGGUGUCCUGACAGGACCAUAGCUCAGGCAAGAAAAUACAUCAUUGACACUAUGGGGGAGAAAUAUGCAGAGGGAGUCAUCUUGGACUUGGAGAAGACAUGGGAAGAGUCAGAUCCACGUACUCCUCUCAUAUGCUUUCUUUCCAUGGGCUCUGAUCCUACGGACUCGAUUAUUGCUUUGGGAAAAAGACUGAAGACAGAAACUCGUUAUGUUUCCAUGGGCCAGGGGCAAGAAAUCCAUGCUCGUAAACUUAUACAGCAGACAAUGGCUCAUGGAGGUUGGGCACUUCUGCAAAACUGUCACCUUGGACUUAGCUUUUUGGAUGAGUUGAUGGACACUGUAAUAGAGACAGAGACUGUCCAUGAAAGCUUUCGACUGUGGAUGACCACUGAAAUUCACAAACAGUUCCCCAUCACCCUUCUUCAAAUGUCUAUUAAGUUUACCAAUGAACCACCACAAGGGCUCAGAGCUGGGCUAAAGAGAACAUACAGUGGUGUCAGCCAGGAUUUACUAGAUGUCAGUGACAUGGUACAAUGGAAACCAAUGUUGUAUACUGUAGCCUUUCUGCACUCCACUGUUCAAGAAAGACGCAAGUUUGGAUCUCUGGGUUGGAAUAUACCUUAUGAGUUUAAUCAAUCUGAUUUCAAUGCUACUGUGCAGUUCAUUCAAAACCACUUGGAUGGCAUGAAUGCCAAGAAGGGGAUCUCCUGGAGUACUAUUUGUUACAUGAUAGGUGAGAUCCAGUAUGGUGGCCGUGUGACAGAUGACUAUGACAAAAGACUCAUGAACACCUUUGUAAAGGUUUGGUUCAGUGAAAAUACAUUCAGUCAGGAAUUCAGCUUCUACAAGGGAUACAGCAUACCCAAAUGUACUAUGGUGGAUCAAUACCUUCAGUACAUACAGAAUCUUCCUGCUUACGACACACCGGAGGUGUUUGGUUUGCACCCUAAUGCAGAUAUCACUUACCAAAGUAAACUUUCCAAAGAUGUAUUGGACAUCAUCCUCAGUAUUCAGCCUAAAGAUAGCUCUGGUGGAGGAGGUGAAACCCGAGAGGCAGUUGUAGCCAGACUGGCUGAUGAUAUGCUGGAAAAGCUUCGCAUACCAUUUGAAGUAAAAGAGAAACUAAAGAACAUGGGACCUUUUCAGCCUAUGAACAUAUUUUUGCGACAGGAGAUCGAACAAAUGCAGAGAGUUAUUUCCUUAGUGAGAAGCACUCUGACUGAUCUAAAACUUGCCAUUGAUGGGACAAUUGUUAUGAGUGAAAAUCUGAGGGAUGCUUUAGACUGCAUGUAUGAUGGAAGGAUUCCUGGUAGCUGGAAAAAAGCAUCUUGGGCUUCCAGUACACUUGGUUUCUGGUUUACUGAGCUUCUAGAAAGAAACCACCAAUUUUACAACUGGAUUUUUGAAAGUCGACCAAACUGCUUCUGGAUGACAGGUUUUUUUAAUCCUCAAGGAUUUUUAACUGCAAUGAGGCAGGAAAUAACAAGGGCUAACAAAGGAUGGGCUCUUGACAGUGUAGUGCUGUGCAAUGAGGUCACUAAAUGGAUGAAGGAUGAUAUCACAAGCCCUCCUUUGGAAGGUGUCUAUGUGUAUGGGCUGUAUUUGGAAGGAGCUGGUUGGGAUAGAAGAAACAUGAGACUGACUGAAUCUAAGCCCAAGGCGCUCUUCGAGAUGAUGCCAGUUAUAAGGAUAUAUGCAGAGAAUAACACUUCAAAAGAUCCACGUCUGUAUUCAUGUCCAGUCUACAAAAAGACCAUUCGAACAGAUAUGAAUUACAUUGCUGCUAUGGAUCUUAAAACCCUUCAGCCUCCAGAGCACUGGGUACUGCGUGGGGUAGCACUUCUGUGUGAUGUCAAGUAA